AAUAUGUCAACAGAAUUUACUUUUAUAAUUGAUACAAAUGAAUGUGAACAAUGAUUUCGAAGUCGUGAGAUAGAGGAUUCAGUAACAGUUGUCAAAAUAUUAUAGUGGACUUAAUAAAAUAAUACAUAAUGUAAUGGAGUGAUUGAUUUGCAAAGGUUAAUUUGGAGCUAUUUAAUGUAUUAAGGACAAUGAAUAAAAUGCCUAACCCACCUGAGGACUUUUCAGAAUAUCGGAGUGGCACAGACAGUAUAAGCAGCCACAGCGAUAUUUCUGGAAGCACAGUCCAACCAAUUAAACCGAGAAUGGAUGUCGCUUGUGUGAUAGACCUGCAUCAGACAGAGAACUUAUUUCAGAGAAAAAGUGCUUUCGAAGAUGUCAAGAGGGCCUGUUUGUCGGUCAAUGCUAAUUGCCAUCAUGUUCAGUUUGAGAAGUUGGACUUUGGUGAAACAAAUGUGUUGGAUUCCUUUUACAAUGCUGAUGUUGCUGUUGUCGACUUAAGUGUUCAAACACAGCAGAGUUCUAUGUUUUACCAUUUAGGCGUAAGAGAAAGUUUUGGGAUGAAGGAGAAUAUUUUAUUGUAUAAUGAUACUGAUAAUGAUUCAACAAUUCGAGUAAAGUUAUCAUGUGGAUCAUAUACAAUUUUAACUUAUAAAGUAUUAGAUUGUGGUACAUGUGCCAUAACGAAUCCUGAAGCGAUUGCUAAAUUCACAGGAGAUGAUGCGACUGAUCAAAGACUGAACCUUUCUUCCAAACUAAAAAGACUUUUGCAAGAUGUUGAAGUACAAUCCAAAGCUCACUUGAAAGAAAAAUUUCUAUCCGACCUGAGAAAAGCAAGAGAGCAAUAUUCAGGUGCUGAAUUAUCACGAAAAUUAAAUAAUAUGCGCAAGAGGCUGGACGAUCCGAAUGUAUUAUGUGGAGAAGUUGUAUUAAAUAUGUUGAUAUCAUUUCGUGAAAUUCAAGAUUAUGAUGCCAUGGUGCAAUUGGUCGAUGAUAUUAAGACUAUACCGAAUAAGAAAGAUUAUACUUUGAAACCUGCUGUGUGUUAUCUGUAUUCUUUCGCUUUGAAUAGGCGAAACAAAGAAGGUGAUAGAGAAAACGCUCUAAAAGUUUGCGUCUCGGUGCUGGACAAAAAGGAGUAUCAAUUUCCUGAUAUGCUUUGUUUGUGUGGAAGAAUAUAUAAAGAUAAAUUUGUUGAAUCUAGCCAUACCGAUACAGAUAGCUUGAAAAAUGCUAUCAAAUGGUAUAGAAAAGGCUUUGAAGUUCAGCCUAAUGAAUAUGCAGGGAUUAAUUUAGCUACACUUUUAGUUAUUGAUGGAUGUGAAUUUUUAAAGUCGGAUGAAUUACGAAGGAUAGGCAUGGUUUUAAACAAUCUCAUUGGCAAAAAGGGCAGUUUAGCGUCUCUUGAAGAUUACUGGGAUGUUGCCACAUUUUUUGAGAUUUCUGUUCUAGCCGAAGAUUAUACAAAAGCAAUUCAAGCAGCAGAAUGCAUGUUCAAACUGAAACCACCGAAUUGGUAUUUAAAAUCCACCAUUGGCAACAUUAGACUGAUCGAUAGAUUUCGGAGGAAAGACGAAGAUGCUAAGGAGUCUCAUGAGGAAAAAAUCUUCAAAUUUUGGAUCGAUUUUUUUGUAGAAGCCAUUGAACCUACUGCUGAUAGUAUCAGAUUUCCGUUGGUGAUUCUCGAGCCGACCAAAAUUAUAAUGCCGAGUUAUAUUAAUGUUAACUUAGGUGCAGAGGAAAAAUCUUUGCAAAUUUGGAAUUAUUGUUUGGACGCAAUGAAAGGAAAUUGCAGACAAGUGCAUGAAUGGCUUUUUACAGCGAAUUCUAUACGCAGCGUCAGCUUGUACAAACGCGAUGAAAGAUGUAUAUUCUUAUACGUAAAACAGAAUUGUGACGAUUUUCAAAUCUAUCUGCCGUCAGCGCAAUGUAGAGAAAGAUUUUACGAUUUAAUUUUACAAAUGACUGAGGGAAUUAUACAAACGCCCCUGGAUUCAGAUUUGAGCACUGAUCAAAUUAAGUAUGAAUACGAAAUGGACGAUCAAGGCAAAAGGAUAAUGUUAGGCAAAGGUACUUACGGUGUAGUUUAUGCAGCAAGAGAUUUGAACACCCAAGUUCGUAUUGCUGUUAAAGAAAUUCCUGAAAAGAAUCUCGGAGAUGUUCAACCUUUGCAUGAAGAGAUCAAAUUGCAUUCUCAAUUGAGGCAUAGAAAUAUUGUUCAGUAUUUGGGUUCAAUCUCAGAAGACAAUUAUUUUAAAAUUUUUAUGGAACAAGUACCUGGAGGUUCUUUGUCUGCUUUGCUCGGUUCGAAAUGGGGUUCCUUGAAGAAAAACGAAUCGACAAUUGCUUAUUACACUAGGCAAAUAUUAGAAGGUUUGAAGUAUCUCCAUGACCAAAAAAUUGUACACAGGGAUAUUAAAGGAGACAACGUUCUCGUUAACACAUACAGUGGUGUAAUUAAAAUAGGUGAUUUCGGUACAUCAAAAAGAUUGGCUGGUAUUUGUAAGUCUACGAAAACAUUUACUGGAACUCUUCAAUAUAUGGCUCCUGAGGUUAUUGAUAAAGGGCAGCGUGGAUAUGGUGCUCCUGCUGAUAUUUGGUCCCUUGGUUGUACGGUAGUUGAAAUGGCUACAGGAAAACCACCAUUCAUAGAACUCGGUUCACCUCAAGCUGCUCUUUUUAAGGUUGGUUUUUAUAAAACACAUCCAGAAAUACCAGCCGAGUUAUCUGAAAGAGCUAAAAAGUUCAUUUUACGAUGUUUUGAACCUGAUCCAGAUAAAAGAGCAACGGCUAUGGAACUUUUAGAAGAUCCUUUCUUAAAUGAAAAGAAGAAAAACAGAUUAGGGCCAUCAAGCGAAUUAAAUAGAAGCAUCUCAGUUCCAGCAGAUAAAAUUUUGAAACAAAAUUCAUCGCCUCAGUACACACCGAGUUGCAAUACUCCAACGACACCAGAAAUUGAUUUUGCAACAACCAGAUCGAAUCCUGACACCACAGUCAGAUCGGCAGUCUUACUCACACCAAUAUCAAUGCCUGCCACUGUCACUUAUAGCAGCGUGAUGAGCACACCAUCAAUAGAGAUAGACUUAGAAAAUGAUACAGUUGAUAGUACGAAUGCCCGAAGGAGUUCAUCAGGAGCUCUGCUCUCUCCAGAAGUUGAGUUAGGUUCAGGACGAAGCUCAUCAUCCGGUGCACCAGGCUUGGGCGAAGCACAAGAACAAGAUGGGUUUUAUAUGCUGAAGAAGGAUUCUCAAAGACGAACUACAUUGACCGGUAUUUUAAGAAACGAUGAAGCAAAAAUAUGUGACGAAUGGUACAUCAGGAUUAAAAAAGACAGACCUGAUACUGUACUAAAAUUGUCGCAUUUAGAGCUUCUAGUUCGUUGCUUGCGUUCUUUCAUCAUGGACCAAAAUCGAGAAGUUAUCGAAACAACAAUGACCAAGUUGAAGGAAGAUCUCGAUUACGACGCCACUGCAAUUAAUCAAUUGCAAUUGUCGAUUUAUUUGUUUCAAGAAUCCGUGAAUGAAGUUUUGCGGUCUUUGAGUAUCAAACCUCAUUGGAUGUUCGCUCUGGAUAAUUUAGUUAGAACGGCGGUGCAGGAAGCUAUCACCGUUUUAUUGCCAGAAUUGGGUGCAAAUUUAGCCGAACACGAAGAUUUAAAUUCAGGCAUCAGCACUGUAAACUCUGUAAAAUCGAGCAAAACUGUAGAUGCUUUCACUGAUAGAAAAUAUAAAGUUCUUUGUCAGGAGCAGGAUGAAGAAAAUACAAGAUUAUUGCAAGAGCUGUUAGAGUGUAAAAGAAAUUAUGGAAUUUUGCUAAAACAGGGUAUAGCUGAAAUGAAACUACAAACACAGCUUCUGCAGCAGGAUGUCGAGCACAUUAGUAUCAGUGGACCAAAUAUUAGAAGGAGUCACUCACAGGGAUAUGAGAGUAUGGUGUCAGAUUCUUCAUCAGGAGUCCCUCACAUAAGCAUAACACCAGACGCUCUGCCCGAAUCAAAAAUUGGAGAUUGGUUACGGACUAUAGGAGUUGAUUUUCAUCUAGCAGAGCGAUUUUUGUGUGAAGAUUAUACUUUAGAUGAUGUUUUGCAUCAUAUGGGACGAUGUGAUCUCAGGAGGCUAAAUCUCAAGGGAGGUGUUGAACUACGAAUUUGGCGAGCAAUACAGGAUCACCGCCAAAACAGUCGUGAUCCUGUACCUGCGCCGCCUAUCAGGUUGUCCAGGUUGAACUCACAAACUAACAAUCAACCUGGUAAAGUCAGGCACAUGCCAUAUGCGGCAAAUUGCCAUUGUGAGACUUGUGUGAACCAGAAUGGUGUAAACGGAGAAGAUAAUGAGGAUGUCUUAUGACAAGAUGAUGGAAUUUUUUCAACGUGGUGUCAAUUGCUGUGAAAUAAAGAGUCUGUUUAUAUUUACUGGGGAUACUUAAAUAUGCAGAUACUAAAGGUGAGUUGAAUUAAUCUCGAAUUUAAAUCAAAAUCAAUAUUUUGAUGGUAAUAUGUACGUAGAGUUUCAAUCGCUG